AUGCCGCAGCUCACCCCGCCGCGCUCGGCCGCCGUUCCCUCCGGGCUGUUGCUUGGCAGCGGAGCAGGAGCGGCCCCGGGGACGUGCGGCGGAGCCCCGCGCUCCGGGGAAGGGCGCGGGCAGCCCCCCACCGGCCUCUCCUCCUUCCCCCGCUCCCCCUCCGUGGCCUCUUCCUGCUUGGCUGCUGCCGCCGGGAUCUUCUGGGGCUCAGGUGAAAGCGACCCCGCGCCGUGCCGGGGCCUCGCGCCCCCCUUGCCCGCCGUGUCCCCCCCGGUUGCCCGGCACCGGGGCCCCGGCACGGGAGGGGAAGAGGAGCCCGAGGAGAACCCGAGCAAGGAGGAGAAGCAGGAGCCGGGGACGCCCAUGAGGAAAGCCGGGCGGCCCGGGCGGAAGCGCAAGCAUGCCCAGGCGGAAAGCAGCGACACCCCCAAAGACACCGCGGCCGUCCCCAAGUGUCCCCCGCCCUGCCCGGAGGCCAGUCCCGCCGAGCCGCUGCCCAACGGGGACGUGGAGGGGGACGCGGAGGAGGCCGGGGCCAGCCCCAAGGGCGGCCGGCCCGAGGAGGACGAGACGGAGAGCCUGGCGGACGGAGAGACGGGCCGGGCGCUGGAGAACGGCCGCUGCACCCCCAAGGAGGGGCUGGACGCGCCGGCCGACGAGGGUGAGCUGGCCCCUUCCGACCCCCAGAAGAAACGCGGGAGGAGGAAACUCCUGGAGGCCACAGAGAAAAGCAAGGACGAGAAGGAGGAAAACAACUUCGACACCCUGAAAAUGGAGGGCUCGCGCGGGCGGCUCCGCGGCGGGCUGGGCUGGGAGUCGAGCCUGCGGCAGCGGCCGAUGCAGCGGCACACCUUCCAGGCCGGGGACCCCUACUACAUCAGCAAGAGGAAGCGCGACGAGUGGCUGGCACGCUGGAAGCGGGAGGUGAGGGCUGGCACCAGGGGGUGGCACCGCGGGGCCACUGAGCCACGAGGGUCCCACGCGUCGGUGGCACGGAGCCCGGGCUGGGGCUGGCCGGGCACACAGGGGAUGGUCAGUGCACACAGGGCUUGGGUGGGCACAGGGGAGAUGGUGGCACAGAGCCCGGGCUAGGGCUGGC